AUGGCACAGCCAUAUCUGAAUGGAGUGGCAAAAGUCCUAAAGCCAGCCCAGCUGCUUGACAAAGAUCCAGCAAAGCUGAGCCGCAUGAUGGCCGCCAUGCCACUUUUGGAACGUGUGCUUGGCUUGCUGCUGUUGCUACUGACGCUGGCGCAUGCCUCUCCCGCCACGCCAGAACCCUGCGAGCUGGAUGAGGACGGUGUCCGCUGCGUCUGCAACUUCUCAGAUCCGCAGCCGGAUUGGUCCAGCGCUUUUCUGUGUACCGGGGCGGUGGAUGUGGAGUUCUACGGCGGCGGUCGCAGCCUGGAGCAUUUUCUGAAGCGUGUGGACACCGAAGCAGACCUUCGGCAGUACGCAGAUGUGGUCAGGUCCCUGCCCUGGCAGCGGCUUACCGUGGGGGACGCGCGGGUUCCUGCUCCGAUGCUAUUCGGAGUCCUGCGUAUGCUCGGGUAUUCCAGCCUCAAGGAACUGACUCUUGAAAACCUCGAGGUAACCGGCACCACGCUGCCGCCGCUUCUGGAAGCCACCGGACCCGAUCUCAACACCUUGCAUCUCCGCAACGUGUCUUGGGCGACAGGGGAUGCCUGGCUCGGAGAACUUCAGCAGUGGCUAAAGCCUGGACUCCAGGUAUUGAGUAUUGCUCAGGCACACUCACUCAACUUUUCCUGCGAACAGGUCCGAGUCUUCCCCGCCCUUGCCACCUUAGACCUGUCUGACAACCCCGAACUGGGCGAGAGAGGGCUGAUCUCUGCUCUGUGUCCGAGCAAGUUCCCGGCCCUCCAAGUUUUAGCGCUGCGCAACACAGGGAUGGAGACGCCCAGCGGCGUGUGCUCUGCGCUGGCCGCAGCAAGUGUGCAGCUGGAAGAACUGGACCUUAGUCACAAUUCACUGCGGGAUACUGCAGGCGCUCCCGGAUGUGACUGGCCUAGCAAGCUAAACUCGCUCAAUCUGUCUUUCACUGAACUGGAGCAGGUGCCGAAGGGACUGCCAGCCGUGCUCAGCGUACUUGAUCUCAGUCACAACAGGCUGGAUAGGAAACCUAGGCCAGAUGAGCUGCCCAAGGUGGAUAAACUGUCACUUAAAGGAAAUCCCUUUUUGACCCCUGAACCCCACUCGGAGGAGUACAACUCUGGUGUAGUCACAGCCCCAGUGCAUUCGUCCCUGGCAGUGUGCGUGUCAGGAACUCUGGCAGUGCUCCAAGGAGUCAGCCUUUUUACCUAAUGCCAAAGGGAGAAAAAGGAACAUUUGCAUUGUUCUGGCUUCUGAGGGUUCUGGUCAGGAUGAUCAGAACUUCUUGACCAACGAAUCCUCUGCCUUACAGUUAUUAAAAUCUUAAACCACGAUGUAAGGGAAGAAAGACAGUCUUAGAUGGCUCCGUGGGUAAAGGCCACCAAGCUUGACACCUGAUUUUGAUCCUCAGCAUCCACACGGAGGGAAUGAACUCACUCCUGAAAGUUGUCUAUCUGACCUCCACAC